AGCCGGCGGCAGCGGGGGCGGAGGGACGGGGCGCACCCGCCCCAGCGGCCCCACAGCCGCCCUGCGCCUCCCGGCCGGCGGCAGCUCCCCGCGCCGCCGCCCCGGCGCCCCGAGCCGGCCGCCGCCUCUCCCCUCCGGCAUGUUUUAAGCCCGGCCCUGCCCGCUCCCCUUCGGGCUUCCCUCCCCGCCGCCGUCGGGUCCCGUCCCGUUCGCCCCGCUCCGCUCCUCGCUACUCCCCCCCUCGGAGCGCCGGCGGCUGGGGGGGCGCGGGGGCGCUGGGCGCCCGCGGGGGGCGAGGGCAGAAAAGCCCCGCUCGGCACCAUGGCGUCCAGCUAUGCCCACGCCAUGGAGAGGCAGGCCCUGCUGCCCGCCCGCCUCGACGGCCCCGCCGGCCUGGACAAUUUACAAGCCAAGAAGAACUUCUCCGUGAGUCACCUGCUGGACCUGGAGGAGGCGGGCGACAUGGUGGCCGCCCAGGCGGAGGAGGGCGGCGGCGAGCCCGGCCGGAGCUUGUUGGAGUCCCCCGGGCUGACCAGCGGCAGCGACACCCCGCAGCAGGACAAUGAUCAGCUGAACUCAGAAGAGAAGAAGAAAAGAAAGCAGAGGAGGAACAGGACUACCUUCAACAGCAGCCAGCUGCAGGCACUAGAGAGGGUCUUUGAGAGGACUCACUACCCCGAUGCCUUCGUACGGGAAGACCUUGCACGCAGAGUGAACCUCACUGAAGCCAGAGUUCAGGUGUGGUUCCAGAACCGGAGAGCCAAGUUCCGCCGGAACGAGCGGGCCAUGCUGGCCAGCAAGAACGCCUCUCUGCUCAAAUCCUACUCAGGGGACGUGACGGCCGUGGAGCAGCCCAUCGUACCUCGCCCUGCCCCCAGGCCCACCGACUAUCUCUCCUGGGGGACCGCCUCGCCCUACAGUGCCAUGGCCACCUACUCUGCCACGUGUACCAACGCCAGCCCGGCGCAGGGCAUGAACAUGGCCAACAGUAUUGCCAACCUGAGACUGAAGGCAAAGGAAUAUAGUUUACAGAGGAAUCAGGUGCCCACAGUCAAUUAACAGCUGGGGGCAGCUGCCUUGCAGAAGGAGAAAACACAACAGCACCCGUCCUGCUUCGCAACUUGUCUGUGCUGAAAGAAAAAAAAAAGAAAAAGAGAACAACAAAAAGAAAACACCAUAAAAAUAAAAUAGAAAAAAAAAAAAAAGAAAAAAAAGAAAAAAAAGCCAACCCUCAUUCAGAACUGAACACGGGGAGCAAACCCAACCUGUGAGUGAUAAGGUUCCUCCUUCCUUUUGGGAUAAUGCCACCAUUUUUAUUGUCUUGGUAUCGUCGGGUUUAUUGCUUUUGCUCAAUAUACUGCGAGCUUCUUCAGUAAAGGACAGUCUCACCCUUGCUGGUUUCCAUUUUUGUAUGGGACUGCAAAAAGAAACCUCUGCCAAUCUCAGCCCACAGACAGGUCCCACCACCAGCACGCUGAGAUACAAAGCUUGCUCAUCUCCCCGCUGCCCCCAGCUCACCCUAGAAGAAGAAUUUGUUUGGUCACCAAUUUCCAUGAUAUCCACCCGACCCUCAUCCCUCCAGUCCCUUGUGCCACAGAGGCAGCACGUUCCUAUCAGUCUGCCAGAAGCCCAUUUAAUGCAGCAAGAUGGAUUCCUGCUGUCUGAGUUGCCUGGAAAACCUCCUUGGGCUCUGCAGAGCUCCGUUGUUUUGUUGAGUAUUCCCUGCACUGCUGCCUCAAAAAGCCAAAGAAGAGAGCAAAGCACACGUGGGUGUGUGAGCAGGGGGAUCUCUCUGUAGUGCCAAGAACAGGACUGUCAGGACGCUCCUUUCUAUGCCUUACAGUUUGUGCCACAGGGAAAGGCAUUGUCCAGAUGCAUUUGUUUUAUAUAUACUGUAUAUAUUUAUAUAUAUAAGAUAAUACAUGCAAGCUUGGUUGGUGUUUUUUAUUAAACAAAAUAAAACCCAUUGAAAACGUU